GCCAACAAUCGCGGUGUUGUUGUUCCCAAAAUAACAACCAAAGUGCACAUGGGACAGCCUAAUGAGACAUUUCCCCUCCUCCUUCCUUUCUUUUUUCAAUCGACAUCAUGACUGGAAUUACGGGCAAACGUAUGAUUAUCGACGGACGCAACCAUUUGGUUGGUCGUCUUGCCUCAGUCGUGGCAAAGUACCUGCUACAGGGUGGUAAAGUCGUCGUUGUCCGAUGUGAAGAACUCAAUCAGUCCGGACACUUCUACAGAAAUAAGGUGAAAUACCUGUCAUACUUGCGUAAACGCUGCAAUGUGAACCCAGCUCGUGGUCCAUACCAUUUCAGAGCUCCCUCCCGGAUGUUCUACAAGGCAGUUCGAGGAAUGGUCCCACACAAGACCAAGCGCGGACAGCAGGCUCUGAAGCGCCUAAAGGUAUUCGAGGGCAUUCCGCCAGCUUACAACAAGAAGAAGACCGUCGUCGUUCCCAUUGCCAUGCGCAUUCUCUGCCUCCGCUCAGACCGGAAGUACUGCAGCCUGGGACGCCUUGCCCAUGAAGUGGGUUGGCAGUACUUGGACGUGAUUAGGAAUCUGGAGAGCAAGAGGAAGGCCAAGGCCCUCGUGGAGAAUGUGCAGAAGAGGAAGCUCAAGAAGAUCACCAAGGAAGCCCGAGGAGUCAUUGCUGAGCGAGCCACGAAGCACAAUGAAGUCAUCAAGUCCUAUGGCUACAAGUAAAACAAAAAAAUGUCCUGGCGGUUCGAAGGGCGUCCCAAUAAAAAUGGAGAAAAAAACAAAA